AUGUGUGGUUCUUUUGUAAAAUCUUAUGGUUGGGCUUUUCUACCAGAUUUAUUGUUGGAAGAAAUUUUCUCGCAAUUGCCUAUUAAAAAUUUGGGGCGUUGUUCUCAGGUAUGUUUGAAUUGGUAUCGUAUAAGCCAACAAGAUUAUGCUUGGCGGCGAUUCCAGUAUAAAGAUAAAAUAUUCACAAGGCGCAAGUAUACAUCACAUGCGGGUUGGCAAUAUAUGAUUGACCAUUGGAAGUUGAGAUUUCUAAUAGUGAAAGCGACAGCGAAAUGGAGGGUUCUGGAAAUUGAACCGGUAACGAUUCUUUUUAAUUUAUACGAAUUCAUUCGAGUUUUAACCAAUUUUUCGGAAUACUAUGAAAGAAACUCAUCUGAAAAGCCACUCCAAGGAAUUCGAUCAUUUUCAUUUAAAUGGCAACUUCACGUACACGUAAGAGGUGAAGGUGAAACUGAACGGGUAUUCGGAACAGGUGGUGAAAUGUUGAAAACUUUAUCGUCGCUAUUAUCACAUUUGCAUGGACUUACUGAAUUAUCACUUCAGGAACUUCAAUUAGAACCAUACGAAUGCAAUGAUUUCAUUGAUGAUAUUUUAUAUAAAUUUGAUUCCCAACUCACAUCAUUAUGCAUUAUAAAUUUAACGAAAGUGUACAGGCCAUUUCUGCAACUCGGAUUAUUUCUAUUUUUGGAACAUUUAACAGUUUCACCACAACAUCUUGAUGAAUCGAUAGUGACACUUCUGGCUGAUUUAAGACAUCUCAAAUCACUGAUAAUUUUACAGAACGAUAAAACAUUUGGAGCGAAAGCUGUGGAUUCGAAAGCAUGGCUAUCUUUUGCAGAACGUAACAAUCACACAAGAGUUCAUUUAAUUCAGGCAGGAAAGCGACAAAGUGAAUUACUAAUCCAGCCGAAGGCACCAGUUUAUGCUAUCAUAUUUGAUAAAUCUACUGGACAACUUACUAGUAAAUUAACACAGGAGAUUUGUCACAACUAUUCUACAACGUUACAAUUUUUUCUCCAAAAAGGUCUUGAACGUCGAUAUCGUUCCCGAAAGUUCACGAACCGAGCUGAUAUUUUCGCUAUUGAGCUUGCUCAUCGAUGCCCUAAUCUAAAACUAUUAGCAAUACGUGAAAGAAUGUGUUUUGCGAGUGCAUUGUUACUUGCUCAAAUCGCUCAAUCACAUCAGACGACAAUUUGUUUGAGGCGCAAUGCAUUGCUAAAAAGGGUAAAUUGGUCUGAUGGUGCCGUAAAAAAUAUUUUCGGUGCAGAGAGCAAUCAGAAAUGGAUCAAAAGUCAUUGCAGAAAUUUCGAAAUACUGGAAAGAACAAUUCAAAAUAUAAUGGAUAGCACAGCCCCAAUCAUUACAGACAACAGAUACUUGUAUAGUUUUUAA